AUGACAUCGACGACAUCCAACGCCCCCGCCUUCGAGGAAGCUAUCGCGGUGACACCGCUGACCUCGCAUACGUACUCUGCUGACUUGCAAGACUCCUGGUGUAUCGGAACGGUGCCUCACGGCGGGUACACGACAGCUGUUCUAUACCGUCUGGUGAAAACGCAUUUUGCACAUACGCAUCCUACACUUUACAAGAGCGCACCGGUGGUGCCGAUCUCGAUCCAACUUUCGUUCCUGCGACGGACGGCGGCUGGUAAGGCCGUGCUGACGGUGCAGGAUGUGAAGCUUGGGGCCAGGACGAGUACGCUACAUGUGACUGUCUCGCAGGCUCGGGAAGGGAAGAAGAAGCACCCACAAGGCGACAGAGAUAGUGCUACAGAGGAAGCGCUCGAAGCCAAAGUUGCAGGUUACAUCACCGUAAGUCCACCCACGGCGGAGGUGGGUGCCUCAGGAAGCACGAGCUGGACGCUCCAUCCACCUAGCUUGCCUGGUUCCGGACCUAAUGGCCGGGUAAAUCUUUCAGCUCUUGCAGCCGAGGGACGCGACGGAGUGUGGGAGCGAUCACAGCACGAUUCCAAGUCCUUUCGAUGGGCUGGCCAACAUAUUGAGGUAUUCAGUCCAGCGAAGGACUCUGCUGGGCCGGAGCGACGGGCCAUCGUCGAGCAGUGGGCGCGUUUCCAACCCGGGGGAGAGCGAAAGGCGCGAUGGACGGACGAAGCCGUUGUAUACCUGGUGGAUAUGUUCCCAGAGGCGCUGGACGAAUUGGGCAGGGUAGCAUCAUCAGGGAUGUCAAGCAGCCAUAAGACGGAGUUCUUCUGGUAUCCCACUGUCACGCUGACUGUAGAAGUAAAAAAACAACUGCCGCUGCAUGGGGUGGAAUGGCUAUAUAGUCGGAUACACAGCAAAGUGAUCCGGAACGGACGCACUGACAUUAAUGUGGUUGUGCUGGACGAAGAGGGGGAGAUAAUAGCAGUAGCUUCACAGGUGGGCCUGGUGGUGAGUGCCAGCCGGAAUAUUGGACAGCGGACGUUCAAGGGGGCAAAGGAGAGACUGUGA